UGACGUCACGGCAGCGCGCCGGCCGCGGGAGAGGGCCCCGUCGCGACCGCGUCCCCUUGGGUCCUUGAUCCUGAGCUGACCGGGUAGCCAUGGCCUUGCGGCUCCUGAAGCUGGGAGCGACGUCCGCGUCCGCCCGGGUCGUGGCGGCGGGCGCCCAGCGCGUGAGAGGAAUUCAUAGCAGUGGGCAGUGCAAGCUGCCCUAUGGAAUGUGGCAUUUCCUACUUGGGGAUAAAGCAAGCAAAAGACUGACAGAACGCAGCAGAGUGAUAACUGUAGAUGGCAAUAUAUGUACUGGAAAAGGCAAACUUGCAAAAGAAAUAGCAGAGAAACUAGGCUUCAAGCACUUUCCUGAAGCGGGGAUUCAUUAUCCAGACAGUACCACAGGAGAUGGGAAGCCCCUCGCCGCCGACUAUAAUGGCAACUGUAGUUUGGAGAAAUUUUACGAUGAUCCGAGAAGCAAUGAUGGCAACAGUUACCGCCUGCAGUCCUGGUUGUACAGCAGUCGCCUGCUGCAGUACUCGGAUGCCUUGGAGCACUUGCUGACCACAGGACAAGGUGUUGUGUUGGAGCGCUCCAUCUUCAGUGACUUUGUGUUCCUGGACGCGAUGUACAACCAGGGAUUCAUCCGAAAGCAGUGUGUGGACCACUACAACGAGGUGAAGAGCGUCACCAUCUGCGAUUACCUGCCCCCUCACCUGGUGAUUUACAUCGAUGUGCCUGUUCCAGAGGUCCAGAGGCGGAUUCAGAAGAAAGGAGAUCCACAUGAAAUGAAGAUCACCUCUGCCUAUCUGCAGGACAUUGAGAAUGCCUAUAAGAAAACCUUUCUUCCUGAGAUGAGUGAAAAAUGUGAGGUUUUACAGUAUUCUGCAAGGGAAGCUCAAGAUUCAAAAAAGGUGGUAGAGGACAUUGAAUACCUGAAGUUCGAUAAAGGGCCGUGGCUCAAGCAGGACAAUCGCACUUUAUACCACCUGCGAUUACUGGUUCAGGAUAAGUUUGAGGUGCUGAAUUACACAAGCAUUCCUAUCUUUGUCCCGGAAGUCACCAUUGGAGCUCAUCAGACUGACCGUGUCUUACAUCAGUUCAGAGAGGUCCCAGCAGACCAGGAGCACAGAUGGGUCAGCCUACUCAGUUCUCCACUGGGCUCCCUGUUCUCAGAAUGGUCUGUGCAUGGAGAAGACUCCUAAGUGCCUGGGAAUAGGAGACAGGAAGCUCUCUGCCUGCAAGUCUUACAGUUCACGUGCUGGAAAACGCUGAUUAAAACCUUCUACUCAGCUGCUGUCUGACACUCAGACCCCAGCCCACAGCCCCUCUUUGGAUUGCCAGCACAUAGUGCCUGGACCAGGGCAGGCUCUCGGAAAUAGUGGUUGAAUGAUGCACCCAGAAAAACCAUCGUGGUCUGUGGUCAUGCCCAGCCCUCAGCUCCCUGCAGUUCCUCAGCCUUCCUUCCUGGAUGGGUCCCUGCAGGACGGGCCUUCAAGAAGGAGCCCACAGGUGCACACCUGCCACCUUGACUUGGAAGAUGUUCCUGAAGUCGCCACCAGAUGGAGCACCUGUUGGAGUCUGAAACGUCUCCCGCUCAUCCCUAUGCUUUGGGUCAACAGUGACUUUAGCAUUGACUCAGUAAAGAAGAGGGUGGCCUGUUCCUGGGCCAAACAGGGAUCCAAAGACUCACAGAUUUCGUUUUUUUCCAAUAACCAAGUAUCUCACACGCAGAGACAAGUGCGGAAGGUAGACGUCACUCACCUGUGCCCACCACCAAGAACUAACCAGACUCGCAGUUCAGGGAGUACUCUGGCCACCCCUGUGCUAUGAGGCUUCGAGGCUUUCCCAGGCGGUGGUGGGGUGACCUCCAAGUGCAGGUGCCCACAGCUGGGCAGUGUCCCCAUCCCCUUCUCCGGCUGUCUUGGGACACAGGGAUCCGGCCUGAGGGAGCCUUGUGUGUUUUUCCACUUCCUUGGUGCGGGACCUGCAGAAAAAACAAGGCUGAGCACCCGCCUCUGUGCCAGCUGCUGCUGUUCCUUUUGUUUUUGGUUGUUUUUGUUUGUUUGCUGUGGCUUGCCUGGCUGUUUAGGGAGACUAUUGGCAUUCGCUCCAGGAAAUCCUCUCUGGGAUGGAAGUACUUAUUCACGCAGGCGGCUGGAUCGAGGGAAGCACAGUUUCCAGCAACUCUGCUUGGUUAUGAUUAAUGGAGAUAAAUCUGCCCAAGAGAAGCUAAAUUUAGCCAAAAGUUGAGCCCCCUGCUUCCGCACUCCGCCCUCAGGCACAGGCAGAGUGUGUGUUGCUGUUGGCCAGAGCCCAGAUAACAUCAAGAGGUGGAAAACAAUCCCCAGAAAUCUGAAAAAUGUAGAACAAGGAAAGAAAAUGUUCAAUCCAUCAAAACAAACAGAGAUACAAUCUCACCCCCCUUGGUUUUUGUACCACUGGGUUUAGGGGAAAAGAAAACAAGAGACUGAAUUAGAGAGAUAUGCAUUAAAAACACAAAAAGAUUGAAGACAGGAACAGAGUGCUCCCGCACAGGGUCACAGGGCUUGAGAGACCCUGGACCCUCAAGUGCAAGGCUCUGGUGGGGCAGGGCAGUGGGCAGGAGGGAGGCCGGGUUCCCCAGGGUCCACGCCAGGUGUCCCUCAGCCCUGGCUUCCCUCCCUCCACGCGUUGCGUGCUCACCUUUUUCUCUUCCCGACCCUGGCUGUUUCGAUAAUCUUCAGGCUUUGAGAGUGAAUUCAUUACUCCUGUCGUUUAUCCCACAAAGAUGUACUGUGCUGGGCACAGGCAGGGCCUGGGCCUGCAAAGAGGAAUAAGAUGGUCCCUGAUCCCCAGGACUCGAGAUUGCUGGGAGGGCGGCCCAGAUGGAGGUGGGAAAGCUGGAGGUGGCGUCUGGGCUGCCCUCUGGGUCUCCAAGCAGGUUCUGGGGUUGCAGGGCUCUGUGAGCUAGGGGAACCCUGCUGGCAUGCUGCUCGUUAAGAUCAUGCUUCUGGUGGCUUCAUGUCUGGUUGGAAUGCUGGGGGGCGGGCACUGGGAAGCAUUAGAGCCCACGAUUUGGGCCUUUCUUGUUUUGAUUUCGGGUAGUACACCCUUAGGAAACACUUUGGGGGCCACAAGCACCCUACAGAUGAAGUAUUUUAUUAUUUUUAAUAACUGAUCAUGAAUUCAGGGACCAUGAACCGUCCGCCUGAAGAGUCAGUAUUGCAGAAAGUUUGAAGCAUUGAACUCACAUUUCAGGAGUGCUGGGUCACUGUGAUGGGCUCUGGGGAGUGACCGGUGAGUAGCAGAGGGGCACAGUGAGAGGUGACGAGUUCCUGAAGUUCCCUCUCCCCAGGGGCACUUGGGGCCUCUUGGUGGGUGCUCCAGUAGGGCCCUGGGGGGACACACUGAUGUCCCCUUGCUGGUGGGGUGGAAAUUGUCCCUUCAGGGUGUGCAGGGCAGAUGCAUCCCUCUCUUAAUAAAUGGUGAUGUGGCAAAGCUCCAGGGUGAGGCACUGAGGGGUGCUGACUUCUAGGAGGAUUUGUGUUUGGAGAGUUCAGAGCUAGGCCUGAAAAAAUCUGCUGUCACUCCAAGACAUUGCACCUAUGCCAGGAGUUGCGGCUCCCUGAGAGCUGGUGUCUGACCCAGCAGGUCACCUAACCCCCAGGGGACCACAGGUGGGGGGUGCAGGAGCAGCAGGGGCCCCCAGCUCAUGGCCCCACUCCUGGAAAUCAGUGCAUGGGGUGGGGGGCUGGGGCUGCUCUUCUCUUGUGUUUAUCACAUCACAGCUGCCUUUAAAAUAGAGGAAAAUGUCUCCUCCAAGCAGGAAGAGUAACUUUCCACUGAUUGGCCGUUCUCUCUGCUCUCUCCCUUUGCACAAGCUCUGCCUGUAGGUUUCAAUGAGUUCUCUGUUCCUGAACAAAAAUGCAGCUCAGAGUGACCUUCCUUUCUCUUGUAGAAAGUUUAAUCUUUUUACACAUUUAUGGUAGGCAGAAUUCUAAAGUGGCCCAAAGAUUUCCACCCCCUAUUGUACCUGCCUUGGGUGAUUUCCUCCCCUGGGAUGUGGCAGACCCUGUGUGAUACAUGACAUGGCAGUGAAGAUUUUUCACAAAUGUAAUUAAAGUCACUAAUCAGCUGGCUUCGAGUUCACCAAGAGGGCAACUAUUUGGGUGCUGAUUGAAAUCGCCUGAGCCCUUCACAUCUGAUUUGAGGGGUGAGAGACGGGAAAGGAGGGACUCAGGGUCAGAGACUUGUGCUCCUGCAGCCUGGAGGAAGCUGCGCUGUGGCCUGCAAUAAAAGAAAAACUUCAGCCAAAUUAAAUUUAAAAGAGUUUAAUUGAGCAAUGAACAAUUUGCGGAUCGGGCGGCCCCCAGAAUCACAGCAGAUUCACAGAGACUCCCGCGCAGCCACGUGGUGGAAGAUUUAUAGACAAAAAAAGGGAAAUGACGUACAGAAAUUUGUAGUGAGGUGCGGAACGGCUGGACUGGUUGUAGCUCGUUGUUUGCAUUAUUUGAACACAGUUUGAAUACUCAGCAGUCUAUGAAGUGUGGCCGCUGGGAUUGGCCAAGACUCAGCUAUUGUUACAGGGAGGCAUAUACUCCUAAAUUAAGUUUUCAAUCUUGUCUGACUUUUUUUUUUUUUUUUUGAGAUGGAGUCUUGCUCUGUCGCCCAGGCUGGAGUGCAGUGCAGUGGCGCGAUCUUGGCUCACUGCAACCUUUGCCUCCCAGGUUCACACCAUUCUCCUGCCUCAGCCUCCCGAGUAGCUGGGACUACAGGCACCUGCCACCACGCCCGGCUAAUUUUUGUAUUUUUUGGUAGAGACGGGGUUUCACCGUGUUAGGCAGGAUGCUCUCCAUCUUUUGACCUCGUGAUCUGCCCGUCUCGGCCUCCCAAAGUGCUGGGAUUACGGGCCUGAGCCACUGCAUCCAGCCUCUUGUCUGACUUUUAAGCCAGGUUACAGUUCAUUCACAAGGACUCAAAUAUAGAAGUACGGAGUCCAUCACAGGCCAUAUUUAGUUUGCUUUAACACCUGGCGAAGGAGACCAUGAGCCGAGAAGCUGCAGGCAGCCUCCACAGAUCAGAAGCAGCCCCAGCUGACAGCAAGCAAGAAACGGGACCUCAGUCAAACAGACGCAAGGCAACAAAUGACCAACAUCCCUAAUGAGACGGACAGGGAUUCUGCCCCAAACCUCCUCACAGAAGGCAGCCCUGCCACAUCUUGAUUUUGGCCUUGUGAGACCCUAAACAGAGAGCCCGGCCAUGUGGUGCAGAAUUUCUGACCCAUAACACUGUGAGCUAAUGAGUGUUGAUUAAGAUGCUAAGCAUGUGACCAUUUAUCACUCGGUAAUGGGUGACUGUUACAAAAAGCAAUGCAAAUCUAUGGCACCCAAAUUAGAAAAAUCAGACAGGAAAAAAAAGAAAGAAAGAAAGUGCAAACCACUAGUAAUGAACCAUCUAGACAUGACUAUUGUUAAUAUUUUGCUGAAUGGUCCUCCAAAUAUGUCGUAUGUUUAAUUUUCUCUCCCCCACUAUGUAUCACAGAAUUAUGGAGCUACAGUUGACAUGAAUAAACUGCAUGUUUUAGCAUUGUA